ACAGGGUAAGCCAGUUGGACUCAGGAGGGAGACAACCCAAUCACAACGGUCCUAUAGAGGGCGAGAGACUACACUUUCCCUGCAUCGACUGUCCCCACAACCAAUAGGGAAAGAUGGCUCGGGAUAUGUCAGAUAUUGACAUCCUCAAGAUGGAGCUGGAACAGCUGAAGAAAGAGGUCUCGACACCCAGGGAGCCUGUGUCCAAGACAUCCAAGGACAUCAUGGAGUGGUGUGAGGCUGCGUCUGCUACCGACCUCCUGAUAACAGGAGUACCAGAUGAUAAGAACCCCUACAAGCCUGAGAAGGGGGGCUGCAUAAUCACCUAGCCCGCCCGGGGACAAACAGCCCCAGGCGGGACACAAGGAAAAACAUCCUAUUUUAUUUUCUCAGUUUCAGCCUUUUCAGCACUGCAAAGAGUCGUUCAUAGCUGCAAUAAAUUAGCGAUUUGUUCCUAUGUGAAUACAACAAGAGAGACUUCCACUAGGUUAGCCAGUUUUGGACAACACAACAUGUCACACUGACUAGGCUACACAAAGUCACCUGAGGUCACUGGGAGCUGAGGAGGAUGAGAUUUAUCUGGGGAAAAUUCAGAGGAUUAGAGGGAUCACUUGGUAAUGAUGGUGUCCUUCCUUUCUCCUUGACAACCUAUGAUCCUACCCUCCUCACCUGUCUGUUAUCUCUGGCGGUUCUAGAGCUUCCAAACAGGCGCCGGAAUGUUCCAAUUGCACCCACCACUGAUUUGGUUUUGUUUUGCUUGUAAAUAAAGUGUAUCCAGUACAGCAGUUUCUGUGAA